AAUUUCAGGAUCCCAACCUAACGCUGUACACACACACACCCCGGAUCUGACGCCAUGCUUCCAGAACACCAUCAUCGCCUGGAUCCCCUGCAUCUACCUCUGGGCCAUGCUCCCAUUUUAUAUUAUUUAUUUAAGAUAUAACAGAAGAGGAUAUAUUGUGCUGUCUGUGCUUUGCAAGGUCAAAACGCUGAUUGGCAUUCUGCUUGGCUUGUGUGCUGGGCGGACCUGUUCUACUCCUUCCAUAAACUUGUUCAGAAUGAGGCUCCGCCUCCUGUCUUUUUUGUCACACCUUUGAUCGUCGGAAUCACAAUGAUUGCAGCAACGAUUCUUAUCCACUACGAGAGGCUGAAGGGCGUCCAAUCUUCUGGCGUUCUCAUCAUUUUCUGGUUCCUGGCCACACUCUGUGCCAUUGUUCCUUUCCGGUCGAAGGUCAUGUCCUCAGUAAAUCGGGAGGUGUCGGACCGAUUCCGCUUCACCACCUUUUUUAUUUAUUUUACUCUGCUGGCGUUGGAGCUGAUCCUGUCUUGUUUU